AUGGGGUUUUGGUGGGUUCCCUUUUUUGGUUGGAAGGAGAGGAAUACCGCAGCUUCUCGAAGGAAUCAACGUCGCAUGCGCUGUAACGAUCAAGCGGGCCAUGCGUCUUACUAUUUGGUAUGGAAGUUUACGAUCAGGUCUGGGAGUGAGGAGGUCCUCUGGUCUGGGCUCCCUCCUUCAACCUCUUCUGCAACCAUUUGUGACCCACAAAUCCGCCCUGGGUGCUCCCAAUGGGUAGAAGUGCUCAGCGAGUUGUUUUGCAAGAUUCGUAGGCUUGCAUCAGUGUCUUAAGUGUUCCCCCCCGGUCGGCUUCGUAGUGCCGGCUACCUCUUCCAUCUACGGUAUCUCAUUAAGUUGACCACCGGCGAUGGAGUCGUAUUGGGUAGUUGUAUC